CCUAACUAUAAGGUUUCCCCGAUUCCUUCACCGUCCUCUUUCUCACCAUCUCCACCAAAUCGACGACGAAGUAUUCCGGCAGACCUUGAGCUCCAGCUGGGCGCCACCACACACGGGCGAGUUGCUGGAGAUGGCGUGAGCAGACGCAGAGCUUGCGGCGGUCUUUACGGCAGCGCAAUAAUCUUGGGUGAGAGCUUCCGGCGAUUGUGCGACGAGAAAGGUCGUAGACUCACCACAUUUAUAUUACAAGUGAGGAUGACUUCCAAGAUAUGCCGGAAGGCCCACGGACAGAGUAGACGAGGAGGCGGGAUGGAUGCAUGGAAAACAGGUGGAAUAAUGGAUAAGAAAGUCUGUAAGGCAGCUGUUGAGCCCAUGACAAUCUAUGUGUGGGACAUGGAUGAGACUCUUAUACUUCUGAAGUCCUUAUUAGAUGGAAAAUAUGCUGGGGUUUUUAAUGGUGUGAAGGAUGCAAGAAAGGGUGUUGAAAUUGGCAAGCAAUGGGAGAAACACAUUCUUAACAUUUGUGAUGAAUGCUUCUUCUACAAAGAGAUUGAAAAAAACAAUGAACCAUUUCUUGAUUCUUUGAUUGAAUAUGAUGAUGGACGGGACCUAUCUGAUUAUGACUUCAAGAAUGAUGGAUUUAGUUUUCCUUAUGAUGAUUCGAAUAAAAGAAAACUUGCUUAUCGACAUCGUUUGAUUGCAGAGAAGUACUCACAGGGUUUACCUAAGUUACUUGACCAACACUUGAUUAAACACUGGAAUGAUCUAUACAACUUGACUGAUUGCUAUACAGAUGGAUGGCUUUCUUCAGCACAUUCUCUCUUGGAACAAAGUAUGGGAAAAACUAACUCAGCAGAAACUGACAUUCAAACCGACUUGAAUCCAGCUGGCCCCAGUACUAACAAAGGCAAAAGUGUGAAUGUCCUUGUCACUUCAGGAUCGCUGGUUCCUAGUCUUGCCAAAUGUUUGCUUUACAGAUUGGAUGAUGUUAUCCCUGCUAAAAAUGUUUACAGCUCAUGGGAAGUAGGGAAGCUUCAGUGCUUUUCAUGGAUCAAGGAGCGGUUUAGGGGCCUGAAUGUCCGCUUCUGCGCCAUCGGAGACGGGCCAGAAGAAUGUGCAGCUGCAGAAACAAUGAGAUGGCCAUUUAUCAAAAUAGAACUGCGACCUAGUUGCCCUUAUAGGUUCCCAGGUCUUACUAUGAAAAUCGUUCAGAGUCGAAUCGAUGCAAUUUACGGCCUUCCUGAUGACGAAGUGGAGGAUAUUUUUGCUGUAGAAGAUGAAGUGGAAGACAUGACAGACUGAAGUGGCGGUGCAUUAAUUAUGCCAGAUCACUCCUUGCAGCUCGAGAGCUAGUAAAAAAUCUUGUGAUCCUUUCAGUUGUUAAUUCUCUUGAAGAAUCAGGCCAUCCGACUAUCCAUUGUCCUUGUCGACUUGAAUGAAUGAAUGAACGAACGGCAGAAUUACAAGCUUCUUCGUGCAGGAAUUGUGUUGGAGUGCUUCUUGUAUAGAUAUCAUGCCAUUGUGCUCAGAGCAUAUUUGUACUCGAUUUUUCAUGCUUUGGUGAAUGAUGCAUAUGGUCACUUCUACUUC